UUCCAUUGUUCAAGGAAGACAAAGUGAUGCAGAGAAUAUCAAAAAAAAAAACCACGUACCUAAACCUCUACUGGGUGCAAUCCACCACCCGCUUCUCGAGGCCCUUAAGCAAGUAUAAAAACCUCCCGAGCCACAUCACUUUAAUCACCAAAUUCCACCAUAACUAGUCUCAUCUUCUUCAGGCAUUUUUAUUCAACUUUGCUUUCAUAAGAAGUCCAAAUUGAGAAAGAUGAGCAGGCCAGGAGAUUGGAACUGUAGGUCGUGCAACCAUCUCAACUUCCAAAGGAGGGACUCGUGCCAGAGGUGUGGGGAUCCAAAGAGUGGGGAGAGAGUUGAGUACGGAAGAGGUGGUGGUGCUUCAUAUGGAUUCACCACUGGUCCGGAUGUCCGCCCCGGUGACUGGUACUGCACCGUUGGCAACUGUGCAGCUCACAACUUUGCCAGCCGCUCCAGUUGCUUCAAGUGUGGUGCGUCUAAGGACGAAUUGUCCAGUGGUGGCGGUGGCGGCGGCUUUGAGGGGGACAUGCCUAGGCCACUCAGAGGGUUUGGCUUUGGCAGCGGUGGAAGUAGCUCUGGUCGCUCCGGAUGGAAAUCUGGAGACUGGAUUUGUACAAGACCAGGGUGCAAUGAGCACAAUUUCGCUAGCAGGACGGAAUGUUUCAGAUGCAAUGCUCCAAGGGACUCCAACGAUGGCACUGCUGUAUUUUGCUGAAGGAACUGAGAAAAGAACAUGAUUCCCUUAUGAUGACAUGAACUACCUAGCCACUAUAGUGGCCCAGAUGGUUCACCCUCUAUAUUUUUUUCCUUUUUCAAUUCCCUUCUCCUUCCCCACCUUCUUUCCAUUUUCUGGAUGUUUAUCUUUUUAGAGUGCUUAAGUUGAAUUCUGAUGAUGCACUUUAACUAAGCUACAUCAUUUGGCAUUAUUUUGUGAGCUUUCUUAUGAUAUGAAAGGAAUGUAGUUUUCAAGUACUAUUAAUCGAAUUAAUUCUCUGCUGUUAUCUUGGAUCA